AUGGAAGAAUUACUGGCGCCCGCUCGACCAGUUCGAAGAUCAACGGGAGUCAAGGUGAUCAAGGUGAUUCACUACAAGCUAAGCUUCAGUAAUUUGACUCCUAAACGUUGUUCACCAUCACACCAUAUGAUCACUGUCGGGAAAACAUGUGACGCAAGCAAAACAGUGAAGGAAGAAAUAACGACGUGGUGGAAGGACGGUGCAGCUAAGCAGGAAACAAAGACUAAGGUUGCUGACAAUGAUAAGUUCUCUCAGAUGGCUUACUUUGAAACUAGUGCAGUGGCCUGCUCAUACUACCCAUGCUCUUCUACGGAGCUAAGUUUGGUUUGCCUCUACAACAAAGAUGCAGCGGAUCAAGCCGUCACAGAUCUUUACACUGCAAACCCAGACCAAUGCCAAUGUCAAAAUUGCAAAUCGUACCUCUGUCCGUCGAAGUUCACUCCUGCGGAAUUGUCAAGUACUGUAUGCACUGGUUGCGACAAGUCAACUCAACUCUAUAGAGAAGCUGCGUUGUAUUCACACAAUUACUACAGAAGGUUGGUGGUCACAGGAUGGGCUGAGGACCCAAAGAGUAAAUAUGCGAAGCCGGCGAAAGGAAUGAUGAAACUGAAAUUCGAGAAAACGUUAGAAGAAAACGCAAAAAAUUACUUGGAUGUAAAUGCAAACACAUGUCCCUUAACUCGGGAAAGUGCAGACAGUAUUGGAGAGAACUUCUGGAAAAGCAAUAAUUUCACAUUGUCUCAGGAAGAGGCUGUCGAUAAGGCUGUCGAGGAAUGGUUUAGUUACCUGACAGACAUUGGUCUCGGUGAUGACAUUAAAUAUGCAAACCUUAAAGGGGAUUCAGGAAAGAUGUUCGGAAAUGUAUUCCAUGACGAGACAACGAAAAUUAUUUGUUACGUGAAAACUUGCGCGAAGCAGGGAGUAAUUGUUGUCGAUUGUUGCUAUGAUCCAAAGGCUGACGGAAAUAUCUUCGAAACUGGAAAGACGUGCAGCUCGUGCGGCAACGCCAAAUGCUCGCCUCUUGGUGGACUUUGUGCCUGA